UCGAUACUAUCGAUAGUGCCCUCGAAGGUUUGGCAAUAAUAAUUUGUAAUAAUGGACGAUGCGAAAACUUUAAUUAGUUUAGACCAAGAAAGCACCGACGACGAUGAACCAAUUGUAACGAAAGUGCCAGAAAAGAGUUUGCCAACGCCAACAAAUCACCUUGCAGAUAUCCUAAAUGAUAAUGUUCCAACAACGAGUAGUACAGGUGUCCGCGUAGGUAAUAACAAUUCGGGGACUUUGAAGCCCGGUAAAGACGACGGCGACGACGACGUACCCGCGUUGCUAGAUCACACCCCCUCAUACUCAGGCAAUGCAUUCAAUGGAAACUUGCCAGCUAAUGGUCGUGAUAACGCCGAAUCGGAACCCAUUUUCCGCGUAAGGUCUCGAACGGCAGCAUCAUCGACUCCCAAUUAUGAGAGCUUGGACUAUGAAGUCUGCGAAAAUACGCUAUUUCAAGACGAACAACGAAAGAGCCUUACGGAGCGGUUCUCACUGCGGAAGGAUAUCAUACGAUGGAUCAUAUUCAUACAAAUUGGCAUCAUCACAGCGCUUAUUGCCUGCGCCAUAGACAUUAUCAUCGAAGAACUCUCCGAACUGAAGUACAUGUUCCUCAUGAACUCCGUCGAGAGCAAUGUUCCAAAGAGCGAUUUUACGGGCGGCGAUUUAGUUGUGCCAUUCCUCUACUGGCUUCUAUUGAGCGUCGUGCCCGUGGCUUUUGGAGCUGCCAUGGUUACAUACAUUGAACCCAUAACGGCGGGCAGUGGCAUUCCGCAGGUGAAGAGCUACCUCAAUGGCGUGAAAAUACCACGUAUUGUGCGCAUCAAAACCCUGGCCGUGAAGGCUAUUGGGGUGAUCACCUCGGUGGUCGGCGGUUUGGCUGGCGGCAAGGAGGGGCCAAUGAUACACGCCGGCGCUGUUGUAGCCGCUGGCAUAUCGCAGGGAAAAAGCACCACAUUCGUAAAGGAUUUCCGUGUCUUUAAGGCCUUCAGGGAUGACCACGAGAAGCGAGACUUUGUCCUUGGAGGCGGCGCUGCUGGAGUUUCGGCCGCUUUUGGCGCCCCCAUUGGCGGUAUGCUGUUCUCGUUGGAAGAAGCAGCCAGCUUCUGGAACCAAAAUCUCAUCUGGCGCACUCUCGUUGCCUCAAUCAUUAGCGUCUUUACGCUGAACCUUGUCUUGUCCACAUAUCACGGCGCAAACGAUUUCACCUUCACAGGCCUCUUCAAUUUGGGAAAGUUCGAUCAGCCGCUGAAAUUUGACUAUUUUGAGCUGCCGAUCUUCAUGCUGCUGGGCGUAACCGGAGGCCUACUGGGGGCCGCCUGGAAUUCGCUGAAUACAAAAAUCAACAAAUUUAGGAAACGUUACAUUCCGUGGAAGCUCGGCAAGGUGUGCGAAGCCGUUGUGGUGGCCAUGCUGGGUGUCACGCUGGCAUGCACGAUGAUCUAUUUUAUCAACGAUUGUCGUCCGCUGGGCAACGAUCCAACCAUCCAUCCAGUUCAGCUGUUCUGCGAGGACAAUGAAUACAAUGCUGUGGCUGCACUCUGGUUUCAAACGCCCGAAGCCACAGUCCGAUCUCUUUUCCAUGAUCCACCAGGAUCCCACCAAAUCCUCACUCUGGCCGUGUUCGCGCUCGUCUAUUAUGUGCUUUCGUGUGCCACCUUUGGCCUCAACGUCUCCCUUGGCGUCUUCAUACCAACAGCUUUAGUAGGCGCUGCCUGGGGACGUCUCUUAGCCAUGGUCACGUUCUAUUUAUUUCCUGAAACUGAAUUUUUGCAUCCUGGAAAAUAUGCUUUGAUUGGAGCUGCCGCCAAUCUGGGUGGAGUGCUACGCAUGACCAUCAGCUUGUCGGUUAUCCUGAUGGAAACAACUGGCGUGGAGACGUCAUUCUUUUUCCCCCUGAUCAUUGCGCUCAUCAGUGCCAAAUGGGUGGGCGACUACUUCAACGAGGGCAUCUACGACACCCAAAUCGAAGUGAAUCACGUGCCCAUGCUGCCUUGGGAGCCGCUGCCCCAAUAUAAAGGCCUGAAAGCACGCGAAAUAUUGAGCAGUCCUGUGGUUUGCAUCAAGCUGCGGGACAGCGCCCAUUACAUCUACAAUAUGCUGAAGAAAUGCGAUCACAAUGGUUUUCCCGUCGUGGAUGACGUGCAGGGUGUUCGUCGCUCUGAGGGUCGCGUCUGUGGCAUUGUUUUGCGUUCGCAGUUAAUUGUCAUCCUGUUAAAGUCUCUGUAUGUGGAGAACAGUCAUUUCUGGCUGCCAAAUACUUCAAUACAAACGUUUCGAGAUGUCUAUCCGCGGUACCCAUCUAUUAAGAGCGUGCGCAAACUGGAUGAUAAAAUUAAUUACACAGUGGACCUCUCCAUGUUCAUGAAUCCAUCACCAGUGCGCGUCAAUGCGCACGACUCGGUGCCCAGGAUCUUUCAAAUCUUUCGUGCCUUGGGCCUGCGCCAUAUGCUGGUCAUCAACAACAAGAAUCGCAUUGCUGGCAUUAUAACACGGCGCGACUUCAUUUACAAGUGAUGAAGUUUGGAGUAUGCAUUUGUAUUUAAUACAAUGUUUUUUUAAUUUUGUGUAUCGAAUACUGCUACCCAAAUGUACUGUGCGCGUUCAUUUUAUUUUAAGGUAUAACUAUGUCCAAUAAACUUUUAUAUUUCUUUGUAA